GUCGGUUGCUGAGGAGAUUGAAGCGGCUGCAGAGUUUAGCGAGUUUUUCAGAGCGCUCACGGUGUCCUGCCAAUAGCAGCACUGCUCCCGUUAGUAACACGAAACACCCGCGCUCCACCUCAGACCUAAACUUGCUGUUUGAGGAUCUUGGUGCUAGCCGGGUCUUCUGCAGCCACAAACCCCCAAUGGCCUUGGUAGGCCAUUUGCUUUCUUUACUCGCGGUUGCAAGUCUGAGUGAAGUCUCACCCCCCCCCCCCGCCCUCGUCCCCCAGCGUAACCCCGCCUCCUGGCUGUCAAGCGCGCCGGCCCCACCCCGACCCUAGCUGUGCCUUCUCCCGGCUCCGCCCCUGCCCCUUACUCCGGACCCUUGGCGGUUGGACGAGCAGAAACGUCAGCUCCCCACCGGGUCCAGCCGACACCUCAAAGCAAGAAAACGACAUGGCAGCUCCAGCUAAGGACGAGAACCUGUCCCUGGUGGUGCAUGGACCUGGAGACAUUCGCCUGGAGAACUACCCAAUCCCUGAGCUGGGCCCAAAUGAUGUGUUACUAAAGAUGCAUUCGGUGGGGAUCUGCGGCUCGGAUGUUCACUACUGGGAGCACGGCCGAAUUGGGGAUUUUGUUGUGAAAAAGCCCAUGGUGCUUGGGCAUGAAGCUGCUGGAACAGUCACUAAAGUAGGAGCGUCUGUGAAACAUCUGAAACCAGGAGAUCGGGUUGCUAUCGAGCCUGGCGUUCCCCGAGAAAUAGAUGAAUACUGCAAGAUCGGCAGAUACAAUCUGUCACCAUCGAUCUUCUUCUGUGCCACACCCCCGGAUGAUGGGAACCUCUGCCGCUUCUACAAGCACAGUGCUGACUUCUGCUACAAGCUUCCUGACAAUGUUACCUUUGAAGAAGGGGCACUGAUUGAGCCUCUGUCUGUGGGGAUCUAUGCCUGCCGUCGAGGUUCAGUUUCCCUGGGGAACAAGGUCCUUGUGUGUGGAGCUGGCCCAGUUGGAAUAGUCACUUUGCUUGUAGCCAAAGCAAUGGGAGCUGCUCAAGUGGUGGUGACUGACCUAUCUGCUUCUCGGUUGACCAAAGCCAAGGAAGUUGGAGCAGACUUUACCAUCCAGGUUGCCAAAGAGACCCCUCUGGAAAUUGCCAGUAAGGUGGAAAGUCUGUUGGGGAGCAAGCCAGAGGUCACCAUUGAAUGCUCAGGAGCGGAGUCCUCCAUCCAGACGGGCAUCUAUGCCACUCACUCUGGUGGGACCUUGGUGAUUGUGGGGAUGGGCUCUGAGAUGAUCAAAUUGCCCCUAGUGCACGCAGCUGUGCGGGAGGUGGACAUCAAAGGCGUGUUUCGAUACUGCAACACGUGGCCGAUGGCGAUUGCCAUGCUUGCAUCGAAGACUUUGAAUGUUAAACCCUUAGUUACCCAUAGAUUUCCUCUGGAGAAGGCUGUAGAAGCCUUUGAAACAGCCAAAAAGGGAGUGGGGCUGAAAGUUAUGAUCAAGUGUGACCCCAGUGACCAGAACCCCUAAAUGUGAAUUGAUCUAUGCUCUCAGCCCACUCUCUCAGCAUCUAAGGGCUAAACGGCUAGAAGUGGGGGCCAUUAAUGCAGAACUUUCUUUUGAAUGUUAAAAUAAUAAAACUGCAAGCCAAGAGCCUUAGAGGAGUUGGUGUGCCUUAAAGACAGAAGUAGGGACACCUUGGGGGACCUUGCAGCCAGAGUGAGAUGCUUACACUGAGGAGAGUCUAACACAAAGAGUCUGGCAGACAGGUCCUGGGAAUGUUCUUUCUCUAGUACCUUCUUUGGGUGAGGAGGCAAAGCAUGCUCUUGUCCAUGUUCCACUGUGGCUGCCAGGACGUGGGGUUGACUUAGGAAGAAACGGCUUUAUUAACUUGGAAGUGGCCCCGGGGCUGAAGUUUCAGUCAGCUGUUCAGAGAACAGUGUUUCUUGAGCUAAGUGUCAUUUAUUUGAGGAGAGUAAGAAAUGGAACUUGCCUUCUGGAUCCAGUCAAGGAACUGAUCAUAAGAAUAAGACAAAUCUCAGAUGAGGUACACUAGCUUACAUCCCCAGAUGUGGAAAGAAUAAGGGCACUCAGCUCUGCCCGAAGACCACCUGUGCCUCAGCUCCUAAGAAUUCUGUCGUUACAUUUGCAAAGUGGAGGCCCACCUUCCCGACACUGCUCAUUCAUGAUCAGGAGCAGUACCCGUUGUUAGUCCCCUAACUCAUACAAGAGGGCCACAGGAGGGCUUGCGUUUCCCACUCACAGGAUGAGACUCCUCUCCCAGGCUCACUCACAGGCAAUUAUUAUCCCAUUCCACUCAGCUAUGGCUCUCGGAAGAUGCUCCCCUUCUCAGCUGGGUAAGGUUGGUGAUAUCUGUUGGGAGGGUAUCACACAGUGUAAUUUCAUCAUAGGGCUUUUCUUUAUAAGAUUUGGGUCCAAAUCACACCCUUUGAGAUCGUAAGAUAAUCAGGAAGUACAUAGUAACUGACGUGCCUCCGGCUGCAGUCUGUAACCCUCCUCUUCACCUACAAGUAGGGGACGUGAAGAAAAGUGAUCUCUGCUGGAGAAGAUGAGGGCCAAACCUGAGCUUUCUCAAACUGCUUCACAUAAUAAACUCUGUCGCUGGUGUCGGACUUCA